GCCAACCGACGCCAGGCGUGCGCCACCUGGUCCCGCAAUAAUGUUACGACAUAUUGUUAUCGCUGGAACGUCGCCCUGGAUUGGGGACAGCGCAGUGCACAACACGGAGAUGACCUCCCCUUCGUCUUCGACAAUGCGCGCGGUACUGGCUACGAGAAGAAACCACUGGAUAGGGAGUCACUCGUGGAGCUGGCGGCCGAGGUAAGUGGCAGCUGGGUCAGCUUCGUCGCGACCAUGAACCCGAACGCCUGGAAGACGGCUAGCAAUAGCAGCAUUACUGCACCAGCGACAACCACGAAGGGGAGGAUUCCAAUCUGGCCGCAAUACGAGGCCCCGCAUCAGUACGCACUGGUCUUUCAGGCUAACGGGACGAGUUACGUCGAGGAGGAUAACUGGCGAGCAACUCCGAUUCGGCUAAUUAACGGGCCUCCGUCGGGGAUUGCCGUGGCAUAUCAACGGUAG